AUGGCCGAGACAACACCAACAUCAGUAUCGUUUAUGAAACGAUGUUUUCCACUUGGAUUUCGUAAUGAAGCAUUAACAUUAGUGAAAAUUACGUUUCCAUUUGCAAUGGGAAAUGUUCUUGCUUCAUGGUUGAUAGCAUUUGUUUCACUUGCAUUUGUAGGACAUGCACAUGGUCAAUUAGAAUUAAAUGCAUGCGCUCUAGGCUUAUCUACUUAUGUUUUAAUCGCCAAUUCAAUAAUGCUUGGACUUAAUUUUGGUUGUGAUACAUUAUUACCACAAUGCUUUGGAGGAAAUAAACGUAAGAUGGGUUUAACCGUACAACGAGCGGUAAUUAUAACAGGAUAUUCAUGUUUUAUCUCAUGGUCAUUGAUGCUUAAUGCGAAAUUUGCAUUAAAAUUAGUUGAACAUGAUCAUGAAGUUGUUCGGCUAGCUGAUAUUUUUUUACGUUCAUUUCUUCUUGCUGUACCAUUCGAUGGUCUUUCAAUGUUACUUCAAAAAUAUAUAGCAUCAAAUGAAAAAACAUGGCCAUUAUUAAUAAUUAAUUUAAUUGGAAAUGGUAUUAAUGCUCUUUUAAAUUAUCUUUUUCUAUAUAAAUUUCAUCUGGGUAUACGUUCCGUACCUUUAUCAAUUACUAUUUCUUAUGGAGUAAUUGCAUUAUGUGCUCUAAUAUAUAUUCGUGUUUCAUCAAUUUAUAAGGAAACAUGGCAUCCAAUAACUCGAGCAUGUUUCGAUGAAUGGAAUGUUUAUUUAAAAUUAUCAAUACCAGGGGUAUUGAUGGUCAUGACAGAAUUUUGGUCAAUUGAAUUAAGUAUAUUCUUUGCUGCACAUCUUGGUGCUCGUUCAUUAUCGGCUCAAGUAUGUGCUUAUCAAACAGCAUGGUUAUUUUAUUUAAUAACAUCAUCAUUUGCAACAGCAGCUAAUAUUCGUAUUGGUCAAUUUUUAGGCAGUGGAAAACCGAUGGAAGCAGCAAAUACAAAAAAUGUGACAUAUGCCGUUGGAGCAAUUGUUAUUUUAAUGGAUAUAUGUUUAAUUGUUAGUUUUCAUUAUUGGUUUCCAUUUGCUUAUAAUACAGAAACAGAUGCAUUAACACUUGCUCGACGUGUACUUUUACUUGUUGCACUUGCUCAAAUAUGGGAUGGAUAUAAUAUUAUUAAUACAGGCAUUGUUAAAGCUUGUGGCAAACAAAAACGGGGUGCUAUAAUUUCAUUUAUAGGUUUUUAUUUUUGUGGUAUUCCACUUGCCGCUGUACUAAUGUUUUUUGUUCGUACUGAUAUAUAUGGAUUUUGGCUUGGGAUUAUAGCUGCAGAAACAAUUACGAAUAUUCUUUUAUUUAUUCUUGUUCAACGUUUUAAUUGGGAACAUCAUGCUAAAGCUGCACUUAUACGUAUUAAUUUUAAUCCAAAAUCUGCUACAACUAAUAUUACUACUAUUUCCAUAACUGAUGAUAAAGCUCAAUCGAAAGAAUCUAAGUCAACGACAGAUACAGAUCAAACUAGUUGGAUCAAAUUAAUUCGAAUUAAACUUAUUGUUUUACUUUUAUUUAUUUGUUUUUUAAUUGCCGGUAUUAUGACAUCGACAAUGAUUCCAUUUUGA